CACUUGAUACAUAGUGCUGAACGCAGUGAGCAUAUAGGACCACAGCCAGCCCGACGGCUGUUGACUAGUCUACAUCGGCGACCCACAACACCUUGGGUACACGCUUCGUAGCUUUCAAAGUCUACAUAUAAGGACAGCCACCUUUUGGGCAGUCAUCUGAGCCCACAUAACAGUGCUUCAACUUGUUGACCAUGCGGUUGCAUUUCGCGGCCCUCGCGGCCGUCCUGAUUGCGGCGCACGCUGUCCACUCGGCAGCUGCCUUUGAUGUGCCGCUGUACGCGAACGAUAAGGUAACCGCGGGCAAGGCGCGUCUGGAUGCGCUCACCGACAACAUCAAGUACUUGGCACCAGGCAGCGUUGUGAAGCUGGCUACGUCCCAGCCGGAUCUCAGCAUGGCGACGGGCUACGUGAUUCCCUCGAACAAGGGCUCCUACUGGACGCAGGAGGGCCUGAGCCCCAGCUCCCCCAAGGUCGCCGCGCUCAAGGCCUUUGUGUCCGGCGGCGGCGCACUGCUGCUGCUCGACGGCAAGGUUGACGGCGACAACAGCCACCUCCCUCUCCUCUCCGCACUCCUGGGCUACGACACCAAGUGCUCCGCCAUGGACAUUCCCGCCGACACCAACAUGAACCUGCGCCUCACCACCGGCUAUUUCGCCAAGCUGGACGGCAAGAUCAAGGUCAAGCCACGCCAGGGCGUCUCCGCCAUGAUCUGCGGCACCGGCGGCCCCAUCUACUCGGCCUACGUCCAGGGCCGCAAACAGAUGUCGGUGGCCAUAUACUGGCCGCUGGGCAAGGGCACCGUGUACUGGAUCGGCUCCGCCUUCUCCAUCCCCCACCUCAAGGGCUACCAGGAGGCUAUGGGCGCGGCGCUGCUGACCGCCGCCGCCGGCCCCGCGCCCGAGCCCGCGCCCAAGCCGUCGCCUGCGCCCAAGCCGUCUCCUUCUCCCUCUCCUUCCCCAUCGCCCAAGCCCUCCCCCUCUCCCUCCCCUUCUCCCUCCCCUUCUCCCUCCCCUUCCCCCUCCCCUUCUCCCUCUCCCUCUCCCUCGCCCUCUCCCUCUCCCAGCCCCUCUCCCUCUCCCUCUCCCUCUCCCAGCCCCUCUCCCUCUCCCUCUCCCAGCCCUUCGCCUCCUCCCCCCUCGCCUCCUCCCCCUUCGCCUCCCCCUCUCUCGCCUCCCCCUUCCCCUCGCCCUCCUUCUCCCCUGCCCAAGCCUUCCCCCUCUCCCAGCCCCUCUCCUUCUCCCUCGCCCUCGCCCUCUCCGUCUCCCUCUCCCAAGCCCUCUCCUAGCCCCUCUCCCAAGCCCGCAAAGAAGUCCCCGCCCCCGGCCGACGCGCCUCCUCCUGAUUACCUGGCGCCGCCCCCUGGCACGCAGUAAGCGGGUGGCCGUCUCGCGGCUCUGCAGCUGCAACGCUGCACUCCUCGAAGUGGACGACAAGGUGGAAGCCGCGAAGUGCACGUGGGUGGACAGAGCGUCGGAUCACGGUCCGUAAUUUGCACGGACGGCACAGCAGCCCUGCACAUUUAGGUCUUCAGGCCGCCAGUAUUCAUGCUGUUGAGCAGCUGCGGAAGCUGCUCGUUCGUGGACGUCGUGUUGAGGCUGUGGCGGGCUGAAGCUAGAAAGUAGAGAUUGUUACUUAACUUGAUAUAUAGCGCGCAUUUGCCUAGAACUGACGGAAUAGGUGCCCUGUAUCAGAUAAAUGCACCCCCGUGCCAAUCGGGGGACGGGUGCAGCACGCCAGCACGAUUUGGAUGAUGCUUUGGAGCUAUGCUUUUCUCAUGCUGUGGGCACGGCAUGUUGCUGCAACUCCUAGCGGGUGGAGGACGGUGAUAUAUUCAUGCAGAUAUGCGUGGUGUAAUUCACUAAUUCCGG